AUGUCAGGAUCAUCGUACUACGGGCGCCCGCCCCUGGCGCCCGCGGCCGGCGGCAUCUUCAAGUCGGCCGCGGUGGAGGUGCUGCGCCGCACGCACCGCCUCAUGACCACCGGCGAGAUCUGCAGGCGCGCAGCUGCCGCAUGCUGCCUGGUGCCACUGCGCAAUCGGGCCACAGGCAGGCUGGCCCUCGACUGGGGGCUGCUGGCCUGCUCCGGCAAGACCCCCGAGGCCACCAUGGCCUCAGCCAUGUAUGGAGACAUCAAGCGCAAGGACCGGCACUCGCUCUUCAUCAGGCAAGUGCUGGGUGCGACUGGAAUUGGCAACAAUGCUCUUAUCCUGGUUGGCUUUCAGGGCCCUGGACGGCCCAAGAAGGCACGGCGCAGCCGCGGCAGCGACAGCGAGGAUGCAGAGUGGAGCGGCAGCGACGAGGGGCUCUCAGAUUCAGAGCAGCUGGGACCAUCUGAUGAUGAGCGCCUGGAGCCCAAGCUGUACUCGCUGCGCAAGGGCAAAGUGGGGCGGCUGCGGGAGGCAGCGGCGGCAGCAGAGGCGGCCUUUCCUGCCAGGCAUGAAGCAGCGCACCAGCCGCCUGCUCUCCCAGGCAGCCAGCAACAGUGGCAGGUGCCUUCAGGUGGCUUAGAGCCCCUGUGCCUCCCCAACCUGCGGCCACCUAGCGCCGAGGGUGGCAAGCUGCACCUGGCGCCCGACAUCUGCAGGCGCAGCACCAGCGGCAGCGCCAGCGCUGGCAGCCUGCUGUCGCCCCCGCUGUAUACCGUGCUGCAGAGCCCGCUCAUUCCGCCUGCGCGUGCGCCAGGCAGUGGCAGCGGCUGUGUCGCCAGCAUUCUCAGCCCCUGCAGCGCGCUGCCCGACCUGUGCAGCCCAUUGUCCACGGCCCUGCCCUUCCUUUCAAGCCUGGGCACCACCCCGGCCAGCUUGGCUGGCCUGCUUUGUCAGCCGGGCGCCCAGGCACCACAGGCACGGAGCACAAGCACGCAACAUUUCUCUGGCGGUUGCUGCAGCAGCCAGCAGCAGCAGGCAGCAUCCGCUCUCAAGGGGGGUGCAGCUGCUGCGGCUGCUGGAGCUGCUGCAGCAGCGGCUGCCGCCGUGGCUGCGGCGGCUUCGGUGCCAGUCGUGCCGAGCUCAGCGGUGCCAGCCAUGGUGCCAGUCGGUGGCUGCAGCGCGGUAGUGCCGCCCAUGAUGCAGCUGGGGCUGGGGCUGGAGCUGCUGCCCAUCCUGCCGCUGGAGCUGUGCCAGCAGCAGCAGCAGCUAGACAUGCCAGUGGGCCGCACCCUAGUGGGCAUCCCUGCUGGCAGCCUGUCCUCUGAGGCAACGAUGGGAGCAGCAGCAGCAGAAACUGAUUUGGGCAGAGGAGGGGGUGGGGGAGUCGGCAUCCCGGAGAUCGUGUUCAAACUGCUGCCGCCGCAGCAAGGCGGGCCGCUGCAGGCGUCAGCCGCUUGCGAAGGAGGCCGCUGCCAGCCGGGUGCCAUCGCAAUGGAUGGAGGCUGCUGGCCACUGCUGGCAGACAGGGCCACAUUGCCUUUGGAGGCAGCUGUCACCACAACAGCCCUCGGCGGUGAGGUGCACGCGGCGGCGGCAAAUGGCGGCACCAAUAUCAGCUUGGCAGCACACCAGGCCCCUGCUGGUGGCUGCCCACCUCAGGACGCUGGUGGCGGCGCCGCCGUAGCUGCGACAGCCUUGGGGGCUGGUAGCAAUGGUAAAAAUCAUGAGGAGGGGACGCUGCUUGCUGCCGCUUGUUCCGGCGGUGGCGGCGGUGCGACAGCAAUUGUGGAGAAGAUUCGGGAGGUGGAGGGCAAGGUUUGGGCGGUGGAGAAGAAGUGCGGGCCGCUGAGCUUGAAGACGGGCAAGGCCUACUUCCUGCUGCACCACGCGUGCCUCCACCCACAGGCAGUGCCGCUGUUCCAGGCCAAGGCGGAUGAGGCGCUGCAACGGGCCAACGACAUCCUGCAGCAUGCCAGCCAGCUGGGCCUGGCAGACUGCCGGGAUGGCGAGUACCGGGGACUGCUGGAGGGCAUCCAGGCGGCGGCGCGUGGGCAAGAGUGGGGGCGCUGA